AUGAUAAAUUCGAUAAAAAAAUUAUCAAAUAGGCUCUCAAAGAAUAAUACACCAAAUAACACAUUCACAGGCAGUAUUGAUGAGUCUAACACUAAAUCAUUAGAAACAACAACAACAACAACAACGACAACAGAAUUAGUAAAUAAAAAGACAACAAAUGCAGGAUUAAAUAGUUCAGGAGUUAGAGAUAUUAAUAGGAGUUAUGUUGGUUUUUUAGUUGUAUCUUUAUUAUUUUCAUGUAUAUCAGAGAAAGAUAUUAAAUUAAAAGAAGUUAAUUCAUUUUUAAAAUCAACAUUUGAUUAUUAUCAUCUAUCAAAUUAUCAAAUUAAUCAACUAUAUGAAACUCAUCCUCAAUCAAAUUAUUUAUAUCAAAGACAACAACAAAAAUUAUUAAAAGAACAACAAUUAUUAAAAUUAAAAAAUAAAAACUCUACAAAUAAAAUAACAGAUGAUUUACAAUUAUCAUCAACAACAACAUCAUCAUCAUCAUCAUCAUAUAAACAAAAACAAGAACCACAACAAAAAAGUUUUAAUAAAUCAAUUUUAAAUUUAACAUAUGAUUUUGAAUUAUAUAAUAAACAAUUUAUAACACAAUUAUCAAAUUUUUCAAAAGAGAGUGAAUCUAUAUUAAAAGAUAUUCAAACAUAUUGUGAAACAUUUAAUAAAGAUUUAAAAUUAUUUAUAGAUAAAUUAGAAAAAGGAGAAGGAGAUGAAUCUUCCUCUUCUUUAAAUAAUAAUAAUAAUAAUAAUAAUAAUAAUAAUAAUAAUAAUAAUAAUAAUAAUAAUAAUAAUAAUAAUAAUAAUAAUAAUAAUAAUAAUAAUAAUAAUAAUAAUAAUGAUAAUAAUAAUAAUGAAAAUGAUUUUAAAUUAGAUAAAUAUAUUGAAGAAAAAGGUAAUAAUUAUCAAGAUAUUAUAUCAACAUUUUUACAAAAAUUAGUAUACCUUUUUCCAAAAGAUGAUCCAGUUGCAAUGGGUGAAGCAAUUGAAUCAUUAAUAUUAAUUCAAAUUUAUGGCCAAAUUUUCCCAAUUAAUAAAUCAAAAGAUAAACAAUUAAAGAGUAUAAUUCAAUAUGUUAAACAAUUACCAAUCAAUGAUUAUUCAGAUAUUGAUCCAACUAAAUUAUCAUCUGUUAAUUGGGAAGCUGCAAUCGCUGAUUUAUCACUCAUUAAUCUUUAUGAAGCACCUCGUGAUAAAAUCGUUUGUAUCCUUAGAUCAUGUAGACAUAUUUCAAAAGGUUUAAAUAAAUUUGGUACUUUUGGUGCUGAUGAAUUCAUUGGUUAUUUAAUUUAUUUAACUGUUCAAACUAAUCCAUCUUAUUUAUAUUCAAAUUUAAAAUUUAUUGAAUUAUUUAGAGCUAGUGAUUUUAUGGUAUCAGAAGAAGGUUAUUAUUUUAUAUCAUUAAAAAUGGCAUCAGAUUAUUUAGAAUCAAAUUUUAAAGAUAAAUAUUUUAAAUCAUCAUUUUAUCAAGAAGAACAAGAACAACAAAAAUUACAAUUCUCAUCAUCAAUUUUAAAUAAAAGUAUUGGUAUUGAAAAUAAUGAAAAUUUUAUAAAUAAUGUUAUUGUUGGUGAAAAUAAUAAUGAUGAUGGUGAAAAUUUUUCACAAAUACCAAUUAUUGAAUCAAAUCAAACUAGUAAUAAUCAACCAAUUGAAUCACCAAUUAUGAAAGUAUCACAAGAAGUUUUAAAUAAUCCAUUAAUGGAUUUUAUAAAUAGUAAAGAUGGUGGUGGUGGUGGUGAUGAUGACGACAAUGAUGAUAAUUUAUAUGAAGUUGAUGAUAGUGAUGAAUUGUUAAUUCAAGAUAUUGUUGAUCAUGCAGAUGAAAUUCUAAGAAUUAUAACAUCAUUUGCAUUAGCUAAUGGUUAUGAUGCAUUUGUUAGAUCAACUUUAAAAAGAUUUGCUUUAAAAUUGUCACCAUCAACUUUAGGUUUAAAAUUAUUAUUACUUGAAAAUAAUUAUGGUCAAAUUCAAAAUGAAAAACAAAUUCAAAAUGAAAAAGAUAAUAAACAUAAUAAUGGAGAUGGUGAUGAUAAAAAUAAAGAAGAAAUUGAAAAUAAUAAUAAUAAUAAUAAUAAUAAUAAUAAUAAUAAUAAUAAUAAUAAUAAUAAUAAUAAUAAUGAUAAAAAGAAUGAUCAAUCAAUUAAAAGUAAUAUUUUAAAUGUAUUUGAAAGAACUAGAUCAAAUCAUAGAAUUUUAAAGGUAACAUUAGCAACAAUAGCAGGUGGUGGUAUAUUAGCAUUGACAGGUGGACUUGUUGCACCAUUGAUUGGUGCAGUUGCAUUACAUAGUGCAAUUGGUGUGAGUUUAUUAUCAGCGAUUGCAACCACUGGUGUUAGUGGUACUGCAAUAACUUCAAUUUUAUUUGGUGCUGCCGGUGCAAGUAUUUCAGCUGGUAGAAUGACAAAAUUAACAUCGGGUUUAAAAGAAUUCUCCUAUUCAAAGGUACCAGGUUCAGUUGGUUUGAAUGUAGUUAUUGGUGCAUUGGGUUGGGUUCAAGAAAAAGAUGGAAAAGAGGAUUUCACAAGAUGGGAAUCAAAUUUAUUCUCUGGUGUAUUAUGUUUAGGUGAAGUUUAUAGCUUAAAAUGGGAGACUAAACUAUUACAUUCAUUGUAUAAAUCUUUAAAUGACUACAAAUCAAAGGUUGAAGAUAACUCAACAUUCUCAAGAUUCACCACUAAAAUGAUGCAUGAUGCUAUCUUACCAAGUGCAAGUCUAUUGGAGGCAUCCUCAAUCAUUAGUACUAAAUGGGGUAAAGUUAAAGAUAGAUCAAUCAAAGCUGGUAAACUAUUGGCUGAUGAAAUCAUUCAAUGUAAAUCGUUUGGUAAACGUCCAAUUACAUUGGUUGGUAUCUCAACUGGUGCUAGAGUAAUGUACUAUUGUCUUUUGGAACUCAUUGAAAAGAAAGCCUAUGGACAUAUUGAAAAUGUUUUAUUCAUUGGUGCUCCAAUUCCAAAUGAUCCAAAUAAGUUUAGAAAAAUUAGAAAAAUAGUUUCAGGUCGUAUUGUAAAUUGUUAUUCACCCUCUGAUAUUCUACUUCAAUAUGUUUAUGAAUCAAAUAAAAAUAUAACUGAAGAUGGUAACUCUUUUCAAUGUUGUGGUUGUUCACCAAUUAAUAAUCAAUCAAAUAUUAAAAAUAAUUUAAUAUUUCCAUUUAUUUUUAAUAAUAAUAAUAAUAAUAAUAAUAAUAAUAAUAAUAAUAAUAAUAAUAAUAAUAAUAAUAAUAAUAAUAAUAAUAAUAAUAAUAUAUCAAUUAAUGAUGAAAAAAAUAGUAAUAAUAAUAAUAUUCCAACACCAAAAAUUCAAUCAUUUGCAAAUUUUAAUAAAAGGAAUAUAAAAGGUCAAGAAUUAAAAGAAUUGUAUGAUAAUAAAACUAAAUUUUAUUUAGAAUUAAUUGAGGAUGUUGAUGUUAGUAGUGCAAUAACAUCACAUUUGGAUUAUCAAAAAGAUCAUGUACAAAAAAUGAUUCUUUCUCAUGUAAAUAUCGAAAGUGUGGAAAUGUGCCAACCAAUAUUAAUGGUAUCACCAAAUACAAUUUUACAAUUAGAAGAAUCAAUGAAACAACAGCAACAGCAACAGCAACAACAGCAACAACAGCAACAACAAAAAAAUGAUAAUGAUGAUGACGAUUUUGAUGACAACGAUGAUAAUGGUCAUGAUGAUUAUGAUGAACCUGACCCAAAAGAAAAAGAUAAUAUAUCUCCAAAAAGUAAUACUGAUUCUAUAAAUUCUCCAAUUAGAAUGGCUGUUGUUGAAGACGAAAAAGAAUUUACAAUUGAUGAUGUCCCUCUGUCAAAAAUGAAAUUUUAA